UUCCUGGCUGCCCCAGACGGUUCUACUCCGGGGAAGUCACUGGCAGAGCUCGCUGCUGGCGUUCCGGGCAUCGCUCCCCAUGAGAGCACAACCAAAGAAGAAGAAGAAAGUGGAUGUAAAGAGAGAGCAAGCACAGAAGGAUCGUAUGAAAAAAAAGAUUAAAAAGUUGGAAAAAGCUGCUCCAGAAAUGAUUCCAAUUGAGGAUUUUAUAACACCACUGAAGUACUCGGAUAGCAACAGGGUGCGAAGUCUUCCCCCUCUGUCAUUUGAAGAGACUGAAAGAAGAGUUUUACUUAUGAAAAAGUGGUGUUUGUUUAAGCAAAAACAAGAUAAGGCAGAAAAGAAAGCAAUUCAGACCCUUGUAGAAGCUCAACAAGAGGCACUAAAGGAACUGCGUCUUGAAUCCGAGGAGCUGUAUCAGGCAGCAAUCAAACGAGAUGAGGGGCUUUUCCCCUUUGAGAGAGAUGGACCUAACUAUACCCCACCGCUUCCUGGUUACGAUCCUCCUGAAGGAAAAUCUGUUGAUAUCACCAAGGUGUAUACACAGUGA